AGACCUUGACUUUUAUCUAUUUUUCUAUAAAAUCUUCACAUUAUCCUUCUUGUGUUCUUCAACAACUUGACCAACCCAAGACUUGGUUAAUAACAAUGGUGGAAACUUCUGGUAUUGAUCUUAACGUCACCCCCUUUCACAAAACUGAUGAUACCCAUAGUAUUAAAGAUGAUACGGUUGAGGAGGUACAUAAUCUGAGCUUAGAGAACAAAAAGCUAAGGGAGAUGCUAACACUUGUUUGGGACAACAAUAAUUUCCUCCAAAACCAUGUUAAAAAAUUAAAAUUAAUACAAGACCAUGAUUUGUUGACAUCUAGUUCAGUUAAAAGAAAGUUCAGUGAGUGUGACGAUAACUGCAACACCAGUGGGAGCAAGGAGUGUGAUCAUCAAGGAUCGUCGAAAAUGCCAAACAACGGCAUCUCAAAAGUUUAUAGACGGACGGAUCCAUCCGAUAAAAGCAUGGUGGUAAAAGAUGGAUAUCACUGGAGAAAGUAUGGGCAGAAAGUUACCAGAGAUAACCCUUCUCCUAGAGCUUAUUACAAGUGUUCUUUUGCACCAAUCUGCCCAGUCAAAAAGAAGGUACAAAGAAGUGUGGAUGAUGCUGGUCUCUUAGUUGCGGUCUAUGAAGGCGAACACAACCACGGAAGCACACAGAAUGAACAUGAGAAUGAUAAUCGAAACAAAAGAUUCAGCUCUCCAUUGAAUGGAGAGAAAUUUGAUGAGGUCUUAGUUGAAAAAAUGGCUAAUUCUCUAAAACGAAACCCUAAUUUCAUCGAAGAACUUGCUGAGGCCAUUUUCUCCAAUGUUUUGGAACAAGAUAUUAAUUUAUCUUGACCAUUUUAAUGGAUAUAAGUCUUGGUUCUUGAAGAGAUAAAGUAAUUAACCUAGCUACCCAUAUCAUAUGCUAUUGCAAAUUGUGGUCUCUAAGAGUUGGCUUGAAAGAUUGGUUUCUAAUUUUGCAACAGAAAUUUCGGUCAGAAAACACUCACAAAAGGGCAUUUUUAUUUGAUCUUUAUAAGUGGUUCUUAAAAUUUA